CGAUCCUCUUCAUCCCUUUUGCCUGCAGAGGUGGAGCAUGUACAUGUUCCGAGGAACAAAUGUUCUUGAUCCUGGUGAAUCUCAAUACCGAUCUCCCAAAAGUACUAAGCAAGAUCAAGAAAUCGCGCCAGUCUGAACUACCUCAAACAAAUUUAUACAUUGUCUGCUAAGUUAAAGUUGUAGUUGCUGUGCUUUCACUUUCUCACGCCCUCCUCGGUAAAAACAAAGGGACCGCAACAACUCGUGACGAUAAUGUAUGACGAGACUGCGCAGUGGGAAAAUAAUUUUUCUUCCACAAGCAGUGAUGGUGACAGCCGCAGCACUUCCACUUUUACAACUCUAUAAAAAUUUCUUAUCCCGAAUCCACCACCGCAGACCGCUAGUACCUUCGUACCGGUCAAGUCCAUUUGAGACCGUCUCAAAGGCAAGCCUAAUUAUUAAGAGUAAACUUCUCUCCAACUUCACUGCCGCAUUGUACCGCAUAGUCCUAAACAAGAACUCCUCAAGCCGUGAAUACAACUUGAAAUUUCUCGACUCCACCCACACGUCGACUGUCGAGCCAUCAAGUUUAUCGCUUUUUGCGCGCCAGCUAACGCAAAGUUUAUUCGUUUAAUCAAGCAAAAAAUGGCACGGUGGGGCUCUAUUUACCGUAUGACCCCCGUGGUCGGUGGUGCGUUGCUGUCUUUUUUCUGGCAACUACACGGUGCGGGACUCGGAAUGAUCCCUGAAGUCGAGGCCACGCCUUCGUUGCGCAGUUCUGGACACCAGCCGCGCGGCUCUACUACACGCGACCGCCUUGUUUCGUUGCGCACUUCUGGACACGAGCCGCACUCUACUCCACCCGGCCGCCUCCCCCGUGACGAAUGCGGAGGCGCCCUCUUGAGUUGUUUGUUUCGGCCGGAAAGAACGGGGGCGAACACAUCGGACGACAUCGAAGAGCGAGGGGCGGCUCAAGUGGACCCUCUGGCUUUGCGUCCUGCGCGUCGAAGUCGAUCCGAGCAGGGGAGGGCAAACCUUCCCCGGCGUCCGUGGAGAAAUCUUCCCCUGGAUGGUCCGGGUUGUUCUACGGCUGACAACAUCACAAACGCAAACGCAAACUUGCACAGCAUUUUGCACCUUGAUCACGUGCGAAAGAGCAUUGGGCAAUACGCAUAUCCAUAUGUCGCUGCUGCACUCAGACCAAACAGCCCAGUACAACUAUAUUGGGGCGCCUUUGUGCGGUCCCGCCAUUCGUCCAAUUACCUCGACGACGAUGGUCUCAGUCGAGGGGUCUUCCUCGUAAUCUCCGGCUCGCGCGAUCCCCAGGCUGCACUCCGGAAGGAGGGGUUGGUGCUGAAGGUUGGUCCUGAAGGUUUCACUGCGGAAGCAGGGGCUUGGACCAGAAUCUUCCCCCCGCACCCCCCGCCCCGAAACGGUAUGCCGAUGCUGGAACUGGUGCUGAGCACUGAAAUUGUUUUGCGUACCGAUGCACCACCUGUGUUCCGCGUCCAACCAGCUGGGGAAGAGAAAACUCCGAUUGGUGACGAGAAUACGCCCCUUAUCUUGAGCAAAAACGUCGCCACCCCAGAGUUGUAUAUGCAAAUCUGCGUGCUAUAGCUAUGAUAAAACGCUUCUCAUGCGAGGAGGGACCCAUGAGAAGCAUUUUCUCGUGGUGUUUUGCGAUUUGUGAUGCUCGAAUCAGCAUGAUGCACUAGAUCUGCGAUGCUGCUGCUCUGCCUACCUCCUAAACAGAACUACAUUGCGAGCCCAAAUUUGUCAUGCGCAACAACCAAAGGCUAUUAAUGUAAUGAAGAUUUUGAGUUUUCUAGCAGAUUUCCAUUUCCCAAAAAAAAAAAAAAAUUUCCCAACUUGACUAUGGGGUGGGGACGUUUUUGCUCAGGACACCCCUCGAAGAGGUUACGGACUUGCAGAAGCAAUUCCUCGUCGGUCUUGCCCGAAAAAAUUGCGGUCGGUCUCGCGGCGCCGCACGCUGGCUCGACAAUUAUCAUCAGCUUGUUCGGUCGGAGAUGCCUUUGCCGAGGUGGGACCUCCUUCUCGAGGACAUCCAGCGGGGGUGCAGGAGCCAAACCUGUCGAUACUACUCUAACGCAGUGCGCUUUGCGACGGACUUCGCUGAAUUUUCUCACACUGGGGAGGAGGGGUUGGGUCUGAUGAACGCGAGUUACAAUACUUCGAUGCCAGCAGGAAAUGCUACCCAUCUCAGUUUUCGUCGAUGCGAGAGUGACUCGCUGGAGGCAGAUCGGCACGAGCACACAUUUAUUGUUUGA